AUGAUUUAUUAUGCCUAUUUUGGACCUCUUAAUAAAGUUCCGGGACCAAAGACAACAUUCUUAUCCGAGAUUUUUAUUUCAUUAAAACAGAUAAAUGGGAGAAGAUGGAAAUGGUUGCAAUAUUAUGUUGUUCCAAAAUACGGACCAGUAGUUCGAAUUGCACCUAAAAUGAUUGUAAUUUCUGAUAGAGAUAUUAUUAAACAAAUUUUAGUAACAAAUGAAUUACCAAAGAGUGCAAAAUAUGAAAGAUUACGUAAUGACAAACAAUAUGAUACAUUAUUUACCGCGAGUUGCAUUUCAGACUUGGAUGUAAUCGGAGAAGCAGCAUUCGGUGGAUCAUUCAAAUUAGUAAAGAAUGGAAAUCAUCCUUUGCCAAAGAAAGUUUUCAAAGAAUUAAGAAGAAGAGUUUGGCAAAGCAUGUUUCCUUUCCUUAGAUCUUUUAUGGGUGUGGAUCCUUAUCUUAUAAAUUUCAUGAAUGCACUUAUAAAACAACGCAGACAAUCCGAAAGCAAAAGAAAAGAUAUAUUACAAAUGUUAUUGGAUACUAAACAUUUAGAAGGAGGUUUAUCUGAUUUUGAAGUUUAUGAUCAAUGCAUUGAAUUUUUAAUUGCUGGAAGUGAUUCAACAAGUUUUACAACUGCAAUGACAAUUAUAGAAUUAUCAAAGAAUCCUGAUAAAUUAAAAAGAUUAUCCAAAGAAGUUAAAGAAACAUUAAUUGAUGAGGAUGGUGAUGAUAACAAAUUAAUUCCUUCACAUAAUAAAUUAAAACAUUUACCAUAUUUGAAUGCUGUAAUUAGUGAAGGUCUUAGACUUUUUCCUUCUACAUUUGGCAAACAAGCAUCUGAAGACAUGGUCAUAAAAGGGUAUUUUAUUCCGAAAGAAACAAUAAUAGCAGUUAAUAUCUUUUAUUUACAUCGUGAAAAAAAAUAUUGGGGAGAAGAUUCACAUGAAUUCAUACCUGAACGUUGGUUAACUCCUGAAAAAGUACCAACUGAUUGUUUUAUUCCUUUUUCUGCUGGUACGCGGAAUUGUAUAGGAUUAAAUUUCGCAUGGAUGGAAUUAAGACUUGUAAUAGCAACCUUAGUAUUGAGAUAUGAAUUUAAAGAUAUUCCCGGUCAAGAUAAUGAAAUUUUGCAAUUUAUUACUUCUGGUUUAAGAUCGAAAAGUCAUUAUACAAAAGUUAAAUUUCAGUCCAAUAAUUAA